GACAUUCACGGAUGGACUGAUACGUUGCUAAUACCGAUCUGCUAGAUCAUCGAAAUAGUGGGUUUAAAAUGGACGAGGUUACUUUGGGUAAGAGGCUCGAUUCAUAGUCGCUUAUGGUAUGCACGGCAAGAUCUCACACAACGGCAUUGAGGUAUAUAGGGUGCCCCUCAUCCCCCCUCCCCCCGAGAGCGUUCCAAGCCCUCUCCAUACAUCAACGUCACCUCUCUCAUGUUUCCUACAGUUCGUCCUCCCUGGCUAUGCCAGUGCCAGGUUGCCCCUAACAAUCCUGACAUCUCUCUUCCGGGUCGGUUGCACGAUGCUCGCUACGAAGGGUGGCCCCACCCCGAAAAACAGCUUCCUCAUGUUGCUUUACCUCCAUCUACUACACAGCGCGUCCCUUUUGCAAUUGAUAUUCCAUCGCACCGUCUGUACCAUGACGUUAAUGCCGCCCAUACCCAACAUCACCCUAUUCAUACCCAGUAUAAAACUCGGCCCCACAUAAAUCCGUGGGCGCAAGAUAUGAUGGGGCCCGUCGACUCUCAACGCCAAAAAGUGCCUGCUUCGUGGGCAUGGAGUAGUGGGUUCUCUGUCAUUGCAUCGUCAUCAGAUGACUACAAUUCUGCACAACAAUUAAUACCAUUAAACGCCAAUGAAACCCCAAAAGUCUACCCCCAUCCGUUUCUCGCCCCACCAUCUGUGCCACUGAUAUAUGACCUGCGGUACUCACCCACCUCUCUCCAUUUUCCGUCAUCAUCUCCAUAUGCUGGCUACGGGUACGAGCUCCUCCGUGUCCCACUUACACCCGAACGCCCCAGGCAAAUACGGCUCGUCAGCCCAGACUUUCCUUGGGCAUUCGACAUAAGCCCCAGUGCCGGAGAAGAAUGCGUGACGUGUCUUGGCGAUCUCGCUGCGCUCCACGCUGCAUUACAGCGCCCACUCACGGACACGGAGUGGGGCACCGCUGGAGACGAUAAACGCGCCAGUCUUAUCAGAGCGCGUGUUCGUCGCUUGGGGAUGGAGCCUGCGUUGCACGGGAGCUCAAAUUCUGCAUCACGCACUAGGUCCACGGUGAGCUUUGCGCCUAGCGCUGAUGCAUCGAACCAUAGGCCUGUGCAGCGAUGGCCACCGCUACUCCGUGUCGACUGGCUUGGAUCUCGCGUUGCAUUCGUGGGACUGGUCAAGGAUGAGAUGUUUGCGAGGGACAGGCUUAUCGCCGGUGGUGGGGAGGCGCCUGAGACUUGGGUGGUGAAGUUUCAGAGGUGAAGUUUCAGAGAAUAUAAUCCUGAUAUCCGGAGAAUAUGUAUUACUAGUUAUUCUUUAUCGUAGCGGCGCUUACUCACCAAGUCCCCGACUCCGAUCGGUAUGACGCCAGCUUGUAAUAGCAAACUUCCUUAUCACACAUGAUGUCGAUUUUGUGACUGAAAUCAACAGUUGGGCUGCGGCGCCAAUAUUC